CCAGUCGGGGGUGGCGGCGGCGGCACGUGGAGCGCGGUCCCGGGACGGUUGGAGCCGAGCCCGGCGCUUCCCGAGGGAUCCCAGUGGGGAGCUGCCGACAUGCCCAAGGCGCGGGCCGGGAAGCGCUCGGACCGCCAGGAGGGCCGCGCCGGCGGCAUCCUCUUCAAUACCGGGGCCGGGCAGCACAUCCUGAAGAACCCCCUCGUCGUCAACAGCAUCAUCGAGAAGGCUGCUCUGCGCCGCACGGAUGUCGUUCUGGAAGUGGGCCCGGGAACCGGCAACCUGACAGUAAAGAUGUUGGAGAAAGUAAAAAAAGUUAUUGCAUGUGAAAUUGACCCUAGACUUGUUGGUGAACUUCAGAAGAGAGUCCAGGGCACGUGUCUGGCAAACAAACUUGAAAUCAAGGUUGGAGAUAUCUUGAAAACAGACUUACCAUUCUUUAAUGCGUGUGUGGCUAACUUGCCUUACCAGAUUUCUUCACCUUUUGUUUUCAAGUUAUUGCUUCAUAGACCUUUUUUCAGGUGUGCAAUACUUAUGUUUCAAAGGGAAUUUGCACUUCGUUUGGUUGCAAAACCAGGAACUAAACUGUACUGCAGACUCUCCAUUAAUACUCAGUUAUUAGCUCGAGUGGACCACCUGAUGAAGGUUGGAAAGAACAACUUCAGGCCUCCUCCCAAAGUUGAAUCCAGUGUUGUAAGAAUAGAGCCAAAGAACCCACCACCACCUAUCAACUUCCAGGAGUGGGAUGGUCUGGUAAGGAUAGCCUUUGUUAGGAAAAACAAGACACUUUCUGCAGCUUUUAAGUCAAGUGCUGUAGAGCAGUUGCUGGAUCAUAAUUACCGAAUUCAUUGUUCCUUACAUAAUACAGAAAUACCCGAAAACUUCAAAAUUGCUGAGAAAAUACAGACAGUCCUAAAAGAUACAGGUUACUCUGAAAAACGAGCCCGUUCAAUGGAUAUAGAUGAUUUCAUUCGAUUGCUGCAUGGCUUCAAUUCAGAAGGCAUCCAUUUCUCAUAGAUCCUACUAGAAGAAUGACAGGUGUUGCUUUUUGUCACCAAAGUCUUACCUAAGCCAGAGCGACUGCAAUGGGACAAGCUCUUACGCUUGGGCUCUUAUUAAAAUGUUAGAUGCGAUUUUAUCACAGACAGCAGGCAAGCUGUGCUGCCUGUAUUUUAAAAGCAGUGCAUUCUUUCACAACUGAAGCAAGGUGCUGGACUUCAUCAUGAAAGUGCAUUUCUAAAUAUACCCAAAACUGGAUUGGGCUGCCACAACUGAAAUCUAUGUUCUCUGAUUGUGGACUUAAUCUCAGUAUAUUCUUGCAUAAUACUCGGCAGUACAACCCUGGUCUGGACAACAAAAGUGGAGUUGUGAUCAUUCCCUUUGUUUGUUUGUUUGUUUGUUUGUUUGUUUGUUUUAACGUGUAUUUAAACUCUUUUUAUUUGAAA